CUCUGACUUUUCGGCCCAACUAUUAGCUUAUUAUUAUUUAUUAGCCCACAACAGUCCGGCCCAAAAUUAGCCCAAAACCCCAGUAAAAUCUCCUUCUCCACCGUCGUCGCCGCCGUUGUUCCUCAACACCACGGAGUCACAGAGCACAGAAAUUCCGCUAUUCUCUCUCUUUCUCGUCGUUUUUUCUUCAAUAUUGUCCGAAAGAGAAGAGGAGGAAUCGGAAACGGAAGGGAGACAUGGCGGAUGUAGUGCAGUACAAGCUGGAGCGGAUCCUCCCGGAGGUGGAGGACUUGCACAAACGCGGGCUGUUCAGCCGCGCCGAGAUAGCGGAGAUCGUCAAACAGCGCCGCAAGUUCGAGUACCGGCUGAAGAGGCACAGUCCGCUUAAAUCGGAUUUCACGGCCUACAUCGACUACGAGAAGCAGCUCGACGCCCUCCGCCUCCUCCGUAAGAAAGCCCGGGUGAAACAGGGCAGAUACACCAAGGCGAAGAAAUCGGUUUCUGAUUACUCCGGCGUGACAAGGAUUGUGGAGCUCUAUCGCGUGGCUACCACUAAGUUCAAGGGGGAUAUUGAGCUCUGGUUUCAGUAUUUGGAGUUCUGCAGAGAGCGAAGGAACGGUAGAUUGAAGAAGGCCCUGGUUGAUGCAAUUAGGCUUCAUCCAACUGUGCCUGGGCUAUGGAUUUAUGCUGCAGCUUGGGAAUUCGACCAAAACCUAAAUGCUUCAGCUGCUCGUGCCUUGAUGCAACGUGGUUUUAGAGCAUGCCCGACUUCUGAGGAUCUAUGGGUUGAGUAUCUCCGCAUGGAGCUCACAUACCUUAAUAAAUUAAAGGCUCGGAAGGUAGCACUAGGGGAAGAUGUUGGCACACUGACUCAGGAUCAUAAAACAGUAGAAGAGAAGCAAUGGAGAGAGGAGAACAAAGAAUUGUUUAUGUCUAUUGAUUCAAAUGGUGAGGAAGAAAAAACAUUGAAUCCUCAAGAUGUGGAGCAAAAUGACAAAGUUGAUUUAUUAAAAGAGAAUGCUUUAGCCAUUCUUCAAACUGUUUACAGCAGUGCAAUUGAAGCCAUCCCUUCUAGUUUCAGUCUGAGAGUGCAGUUUCUUGAGAUACUGGAAGCAAUAGACAUAGGUCACUCAGAAGAUAUGAAAAAGAAGAUACUUGAUGAUUUGAAAAGGGACUUCUGUAGACAACCAGAAUAUUGGGACUGGCUGGCGAGACUGGAAAUGUUUGGUCUUAGAAACACAGUGAACAUUGCAGAAGCUAUGAGUACUGAUCGCUUAAGAAGAGCAGUUGAGGUAUAUGAUGAGGGUUUGGUAGCUGUGCCUUCAGCCGCAAUGUUUGAUCUUUAUGCCAAGUUCUUGAAGGAAGUCAUUUCAAAUGAAGAUGGAGCUGACAAAUCUUCCAAUAUAUUAAGUACCAAUGGCCAUACUGCUGAUCCCAUUUCACGUCUGUUGACGGUGUAUGAGAAGGCUGAAAGCAUAGGGUGCAUCACUGAAAAUCUCGCUUGUCAACACGUUUCUUUCCUAUUACAAUUGGGGAAGCAAGUUGAAGCCAAGGCACUGGUAGAAAGGUUCUGCUCAGGAAAAUUCACUGAAACCGUGGAUUUGUGGGUGUUAUGGUUUUCCAUGGAAGCUUUGUGCACCAGAAAAGGGACCUCUUUGGAGAAGUCAUCAUUGUUUGAACUCUUUAAAAAGGCUCUAAUGAAAGUUCCUAUAUCAAAGGCAGAAACUUUGUGGCUUAUGGCACUCAAGCAUUUUUCAAGCCAUAAAAAGUUUUUUGACAAACUGCUGGAUACUUCGGUGGCUUUAUUGGCUGCAAAUGGUGGAAAAGAUGAUGGAAUUUCUCUUUCUUCUACCAUUGUAAAUUACGUUGUGCAAAAGGAUGGCCUCCGGUCUGCAAGGGAGUUGUACAGGCGAUUUAUGACAUUACCACAUCCCGGGCUUUCGAUAUAUAAGAAUUGCAUUCAGUUGGAAAUGAGCCUUGUGUCUUUGGGUGAUAAGGAUGCUCUUGCAAUUGCUCGCUCACUUUAUGAUUCUGCGCUGACAACAUAUGGCCAAGACAUUAGCUUGUGGAGAGACUACUACUCCAUGGAAGUAAAGUUCGGAACAUCGGAAAAAGCAGCAGCAGUUCAGUGGCGGGCGCGAAAAACACUCAACAACAACGCCCCGCUCUUGAGGUUUUGACUCUCGUCUAUUGUGCGAUGUCCACGUAAAUUUUGUGACCCCACCCCCGCCCCACCCCACCCCACCCCACCAAUGCCCUUCAUGUUAGUCUCCAUUUGUACCCCAAAGUCAAAAACUUGCUGGACAUCAGUACCUCUGUAGUCAAGCAAUUUGCAGGGCAUUUUCUGAAUCUGUCCAAAGAAUUCCAGUUUUUACUGCGGUUUUGUAGGGCACAUUUGAAAUGUAGUAGUAGGAGUACACUGUACUACUUUGAUCGAAGUAGAUUAGAAGUUUGAAUUCUUUUGAUUUGCUGAUUUAACUCGAACUUUCACUGAAAUGUU